CACAGAGCUGUACAUUUCAGGGUAGAGAAACACACUGUAACAUUCAGAUACACACAAACCAAGAUAACAGAGAUGGCCUUGUCUGUCAGUGAAGGGGAUUCUGAAAUCAUUGAGGUUGAAACAAACCUUUCUGAGGAUCUAGCAAACUAUGUCAAUAUGAAGACAAACACAGCAAAAAAAAACAGAGGCAGUCCAAAAAUCAGGUCCUGCAGGUAAAAUACUCUACAUACUGGUUGGUGUCAGCUUUGGGCUGAUGUGUGUUCUGCAAGUCACUCUGAACAUCUCCUGGCGUCUUGCCCACUCUAACAUCUUAGAGGAACAGAUAAUACGAGAAUGGAGGAAGUUUAACUCCAGCUGGUACUACAUCUCCAACGAGUAUAAAACUUGGGAAGACAGCAGACAGGACUGUCUGAAGAGAGGAACGGACCUGGCAGUCAUAAACAGCAAAGAGGAACAAGUGUUUAUCAGUCAACUGAACACCAAGCCCUGGAUUGUUGACAACUGAAUUGUCAAUAAUGUGGUCCUAUAGGCUGAAUGUGGGCUCUAUUUUACCAAACCUAACGCAAAUCUAAACGCUGGCUACAGCGCUAUAGGUCCAGGGGUGUGUCAGAAAUAGUUUUGCUAUUAUCACAGCGGUUAUUAUGAGCGCAAUAGUUGGCGGUGGUGCGAAACAGACGGGUUUUGAUGAAUAAACAAGUUGUAGGUGUGAGGAGGGCUUGGCCAUGCACUGGCAAAUCAAGGCGUUUCAUGGCGUAGUGCCACAACUGGGAAGUCGGAAAGACUUCAGUGCGUUCAAGACAACUGGGAACUCGCAGUAAAAUAACUAGCUUGGACUGGGAAAAUCGCUUUGAAUGGUCAUCCAACUCGGAAUUCCAAGUCAGAAACCAACUUUCCGACCUGAAGAUCACUGACGUCAUCAUUGACGCCAUGAUUUGACCUCGUUGUUACCUUGAAAGGACCAUAAUACUGCCUGCUAGCGUUUGUCCCAAGUUCUGUAGGUUAUUGACGGUCUUUGCGUUGCCAUCAACUCCAAUUCGGCUGGGGUCACGGAAUAUUGCAACCUGGACUCAGGGGUAGACAUAACAUAGUAAAUGUAAA